AUGGCAGGCGCGCAUCUUGCUGUUACCUGCUGGGCGUCCGCAAUGUGUACCGAUGCUCUUUCCCAGCGCGACAUACUCAAUGCUGGUAUCAAGAACUGCGAGUCCCCAUGUCGACUUGUCGGUCCCGAAGAAGAUAUUCUGGUCACACAAGGCACCAUUCUUGGAACAGUUGCACCUAUUCUCCAGGAUAUCAAAGACCUUGGGGCUUUCGAUGUCAUGAACCUGUACCUUGGCAAGGAUGCCCUUGAGCAACCCCAGGACCAUCUGUUUACCCCGAAAGUCGGCGGCAAAGAAAUAGCAACAGGAUUCAGUUACCAGCCCGCCGGCGAUGACGAUCUCACUAAAUUUGACACUGAAGGCCAAAUCUCACAUCAUUACAGCUCUGUCGGCUUCAUGUUCUCGGUCAUGGAUAACGCACUGUUUCUAGCAAGGUGCUUUGCUGCGAAGCAGGGUGAUGUUGUGGCUGUCCUUGAUGGGGGGAAAGUCCCUUUGGUGUUGCGCAAGGUCAACUCUAGAGUUGAUGUUGAAGGGGAAUUUUAUAUGGUCGUCGGCUCGACCUACGUACACGGCUUCAUGGAUGGCGAGGCGGAGGUUGGGGUUAUCGAUGGUUGGUUGGAGAAGCGGAAGACUCUGAUGGCAUGA